GAAGGAAAAAAAAAGAUGGAUUUGUUGGGAUUUUUUUAUCUUCUGUCCCUUUUCUUCUACAUCUUCUCUGUUUUCACAUAUCGAGGAGCUACUGUACAUACUAUCUGGAAGCAGCCCGGUCUUCCAAAAUCGGUGCCGGAUUCCAGAGUCAAAGCGGCUAUUUUCCGGCUCAAUCCGAGUCGUCCCCAACUCUGGCCGGCCGGGCUGUCUGUUCCGGCUAGGCUUUUAGAACACUGCUCCUUUCGCUAGUUGGUUCAUCCGUUGCGUUGUUGCUUUUCGGUUUGUGUUUAGGUAAACAAGUAGACAUAGCGAGGUGGUUGUCCGAUGAAGAAUCAGGACAGGAGGAUGUAACAUGCAAAAGAAAAUGGCAUGGGCUAUUACAAACUUUGGUACAUGUGUUUUCUUCAUGUUGAUUUUAAAAUGCACAGACAUCAUCGGUUGUUAACCCCCAUUUAUGUAGGGUAUUUUCCAUAGCCAGUCUUUUCUUCAGGUGUAGACCGGAAUACGAAAGCAUGCAUGUCUCUCGACUCUAGGAACAUUCUGACUCAAACGAUUUCAAUCAGACACCCUUUGACCAGCAUCAUAUGAAUCAAGGAUUCAACUGUUUCAAAAGGCUUCCCAUCCAUAGAUUUUGUCCUCCUCGCUAAGGCUAUGCUGUUUGAUGCAAUAUUUCUUGUUGCCAAAGUGGUAUCAUCUAGGAUAACAUUGGAGAAGCUUACAAAAUUUCAAAGUAAAAUUAAAAGAAAGUGUAUACAUAUAUGACGGGUAUAGCCGAAUAUUGGGAUAUGCAAGGCAGUAAAGAACUUUGCGAAUGGUGAAAGAAUUACCUAAUGCCUACUCUGCAUUUGGAAUUUCUGAUCCUAGAGAAUAGUAACAGUCAGUUUUAUUUCCUCUAUUCAGUACAUUCCUUCAUGCUUUUGUUUUUUCUAUUUCCAAUUCCCCUUGAUGCGUCUUUGUAUUUUACUUUUCUUGCUACAAUUAAUUAAUGUCUAGAAAGACAGGCUUUCUAUGAGCUUCAUCAAUAAGGUAGUCAUAUGUUCGUAUAAUCCAACAUUCACUUUGUGGUCUACCUUUCAAAUAAUUUGCUAUGGUUUCACUUCAAUUUUACUUCACUUUCGGCUAGUUCUCGUACUCGAAGUUUCAAGUUUUUGUCUUGUGGGGUUUACGGCUUUCAGGUUUUUAUAAAACAUGGAGAUAUCGCAAGGUGAUAGCACGAUGAAGAAGCAGGAACUGAAGGAUAUAACCUAUAAGAAAGUAGCAUGGACGAUCAAAAACUUUAGCACAUUGAAGACCAAUCAAGCGCGCCAUUCUGAGGUUUUCAAUAUCGGUGGAUGUGCUUGGAAAAUUGCAUUCUAUAAAGGAACAAAGAAAAACGAUGGGAAGAAUUUGGCUAUAUAUUUGAAAGUAGCUGAUGUAUCGAGUUUGCAUCAAGGUUGGAGUAUACAUGCAAUCUACAGGUUCACGGUGGUCAAUCAAGCUUCCACUAAAAAAUCUGUUAAAAGAGGCUCAAACAGCAAGUUCACUGCGAAUGAAUGUGACUGGGGUUAUCCAUCUUUUAUGGAAUUGGCUAAGCUUCAGAACCCUUCUAACGGCUAUAUUUUGAAUGAUACAUGUAUUGUUGAACUUGAAUUUUCUGAAGUAAUCUCUGAAGGCACUGAAAUUAAGAAAGCAUUGGUCCCAAAGAAUGAUGAUGCCACUGAGUUCAAGGAUUUGGGACAAAUAGAGAAAGCGAUGGUUCCACUGCUAGAGGAGGCUUGUUUGUGUCAUCCCUCAUUGAUGGACUGUAAGAAUAAGAGGAGUCGCAAGUUUACAGAGUGGGUAUUCACCAGCUUGGGUCGAGUUCUGCAAUUUCUAGAGAACAAGAAAUGGAAAGAUAUGAACGAGGAAGCCUGUGAGCAGCUUCAACAAUUAUGGGAUGAACUUGAGAUUAGUAGAUUAGAUUUGAGUUGGUUGGAACCUCAAGUUAAAUCUGCUUUAAGUAUGAAGGGAUACCUUGAGAAGGCAACAAAGGUGAAAAGGUUAAAACAAGAAUUGGUGGUUCUGGAAACAGAAAUGAACAAGAUGAAAGAAAAUCUUCUGGUUUUGGAGACAGAGAUGAUCAAGGUGAAAGAAAAUAUUGCUAACACGGAGCAAAGUGUUGAGAUGACAAGAAAAGAUUUAAUCAAAGCAGAAGAAGGCUUUGAAGAGAAAGAUUUGGAUUUAGAUACUGAAAUUGUAUGCAGUAAACUCUAG